AUGGGGACUUGGGGCUCUACCGCUGCUCAUGAUGAUUCUGAGAGAAUUGCCAUCGACGACAUGAAGAAUAUGAUCAAUCAAGUUGUCCCUCCCAAAGAUCGUGGAACGUCCUGGUAUCGUAAAGCCAUGGCUACUAUCGACAAACCUAUUGUCAAAGGGAAGUUCUGCCGCAUUGGAAAGUUCGGUCCCAGUCAGAACAUGCAAAAGAACUACCUUACUUCCAAAGUUGGAGUUAACAUUGCCGAAGAGUAUCUCAACAAGCCACUUCCACCUCUUCCUCAAUCACCAUAUUUUGAAUACAUGUUUGCGGAUGCUGGUAUCGAAUCCAAGAAGCCCAGUGCCCAAAGUUCAGAUGAUGAUCAUGGUGGCCUUGGUGAACUUGCUGCCCAAUUCGCUAUUACACCGUCUGGUGUUGAUAUCUCCACCAAAGCAACCCAAGCCUUCUACAACAACUUCAAGGCUGCAGGAUCGCCAACGUCUUUCUAUGGGAAUGUCCAACAACGUCCAGGCUCUGAACUCAUCCAAUGCGAAUUCAGCUAUGGUCAGACCCAUCCAAAGCAGAAUGUCAUUCUUGCGCCAAAAUCCCAGAAGUCCAAGGCUGGCAAAACUAAUGGUUUCUUCCCGUCGUCCACCUUUCAGCAAAUGGUCACUGCACCAGCCGUCAAGUAUCCAAGCUCCGAUACCAUCCAGAGAGGUGCGUCAAAUGACAACGCAUCCAAGCUUUGUUCUCACAUGUUUCCAGUCACCAAGCGAAGUGCUCGAGACUCCUUCGUUACCAUGUCCACUCCCAAUGGCUCAAACGGCAGUCCAUAUCUCUUGUUCCCGUACUACAAAAUCAACCUCUUAUCCACCAAAAAGAUCCGCGUCGCACUCCAACAAAUUGAUCAGGAUGUCGAGCCCAUGCGCGCUGUCUCCAUCUACAGCAUCCCAUCCACACCCACUUAUUCUGUGAUCACCAUUGACUCUGACGAUGACGAUGUCAUUUUUGUCUCCGAACGCAAGCUUCCCCGAGCAGCUUUGACCGGAUACUCAGGCCAAUUCGAGAGCUACGAAACCGAAAUCCUACUUCCUCAUGCGCGUUCCCAUUCCCCCUGCCCCUUCACCACAGGCGACCCGCUCCACGCCAACAACGAAUUCACCCACAUCAACUUCAUACCAUGUCCCAUCUGGCCCGCGACAGAUUACACGCGCGACAACCUGUCCGGCCUGCCCGGCCUCACCGCCACUUUGAUCUAUGCAGAAAAGGAAUCUCAGCGUGCUGCCCAACGGCUCACCUGCACUCCAUCCGAAGAGAACCUGCGUCGCGAAGUCCAUCUCGAAUGUGCCUCUGCCCGUCUCGAAGGUGUUGCUGUCGGCCAAUAUCGCUACUAUCAGGGCCAUAUGAGCUUGGAGGAAUACAAGGCUGCGAGGAUGUGUAUUUGCUGGGACUUUUGCUGGUGCUCAAAGCUUUGUACUAUCUAUGCAGACGUGAAAUGCCCUUGCUCCAAAUGGAUUGUCUUGCACAAGGAUUAG